AAUGUAAUUAAUAUAUGCUGCGGGAACAAAGGAAAAGAAAAAUGUAGGAAAGAGGAGAAAAAAGAAGAAGAAAAAGAAGAGAAGGUUUGGAAGUGAAUGAAAAGGAAGAAGAAAAUGUCAGUACUGAACAUGGUAAUGGAUAGGUGGAGGCCUCAAUUAGAUGCGAUCCUCUCCACCUUCGUGUCCAUCUACCCUCACGAAACCUCACCUCUCCUUCACUCCUCUUCCUGCUUUUUCUUCAUUUUGAGUGCAUAUUUUGUAGUGUUACCAUUGCGGGAUGAAGGUGCAAUCUCUCUAGGUUUAUCGAAGCUUCCAGCUCUCUUUAUCGGAUCCUUAUUCCUCACCUUGAUUGCUGCUCCUUUAUCAACUCUCCUUUUCUCUUUCCCUAAUUUCUCUAAAUCCAAGGCUUUGUUUUUGAUACACAGGUUUUUUAGUGUUUCUCUUGUUCUCUUCUUCUUUCUAUGGCAUUUCUCUUCCUCUGCUUCUGCUGAGUUUUCGCUCUUCAAGUCAAAGGGUACUGUUGCUAUAUCAACUGAAUUGAAAGAGGGUUUGAAGGUUGAUGUUGACAGAACCAGUAGUACAUAUUCUGGAAGUUGGGAUGAUCAUGGAUGGUUUUAUAUUUCUGUCAGAAUUGGAUUGUUUCUCUGGGUUGCGCUGCUUAAUCUUAUUACCAUAUCAUCGACUUGGGCUAGGGUUAUUGAUGUGAUGGAUAGUGAGUCAGGUUCAAGAUUGUUUGGGUUCAUUGGUGCUGGUGCUACACUUGGUCAGCUAUUUGGAUCGUUGUUUGCUACAUCAAUGGCUUGGUUGGGUCCUUUUUUACUUCUAUUUGCUGCUUUGUUGAUGGAACUAGCUGCACAGUCAUCAAAAGGGAUCAACAAGGAUGUAUCCCAUCUUCCUCAUGAAUUAUCUCCCAUAAGAAAAGUUGAUGCUGAUCAGCAUAGUGAGGCUGAUGGACGAUCAUCACCAGCUUUCAAAGUCUCUUCUCCAAAGUCUCCUUCAUCCAGGAUGAGGCCUCAGCUUUGGGCCAUCUUAGAUGGGUUUCGGCUUGUAUUAUCUUCAACUUAUUUGUUGAAUGUGUCUCUAUUCCUGUGGCUGAGUGCAGUUAUUUCGUCAUUCUUCUAUUUUCAGAAAGUAACAGUAAUUGCCAUGACUGUUUCAAGCUCUCUUGGAAGAAGAAAAUUGUUUGCCCAGAUAAAUAGCUUCACUGCUGUUUUUAUCCUUGCUGGACAACUUACUUUAACAGGACGCAUCCUUACUUUAGCUGGGGUUACUGCAGCAAUAUGCUCUGCUCCGGUUGCUGCCUUCUCAAAUUUGGUUGCUAUUGCUGUUUGGCCAACUUGGGUAGCAGUUGCCAUCUGUGAGACUGUACGGAAGGUUUGUCACCAUUGGUCCCUUGCCUGCAGUGAAACAGCAUUGUGGGUGGUUACUUAUGUAGUGACCAGGCCUGGAAGAGAACUUCUGUUUACUGUGGUCACUCAAGAAGAGAAAUACAAAGCUAAGGUUUGCAUAGAUGUCAUUGUUCAACGGCUCGGAGAUGCUACAGCUGCAGGAAUGUACAAACUACUAUUCAGCACUCUUCAUGGGAGGACAUCAACUGUGUCUCUUUAUGCUCUGCCUAUCUGUUUACUUUGGAUUUUUACAGCAUUCCAUUUAGGACAGCGGCAAGCUCAACUUGCAAAGCUCCAGGCCGUCUAAACUUUUUUUAGGUUUUUGAAGAAUGAUUUCAUGUACAGUUAUUGAACAAAGGAAACAAAGAUAAAUAAUUCCUUUGUAUCAUUUCCUCUUUGGGGUUAUAAUUUUAUAGGCUGAUAGUUAAUGGCUGGUAGAGCAUGUCCCACCAUGUCAAAUGCAUAUACGAUGAUGUUUCCUUGUGCUAAUACUGCUCCAACUUUACU